AAAUAGCAAGCUUGCCGCCCGCUGCAGUCGCGCUCGUGACUUCGUACAAUCUCUUCCUUUAACUCUUUUUGUUUGUCUUUACAACGUAUGUCGUGAAUACAACCCGUAAGUUGACUCGAUAGUCGAAGAAGUAAAGAAGUGUAUAGAAUAUUACAAUACCUUUCUCGGUUUUGGUUGACCACACUUUAUGUUGAUUAGGUGGUCAGUGAAGUGAACGCGGGUGUCAGUUUCAGUGCUGUUGGUUUGGUGAUUUUAUUGAAAUUAACUAAAACAAUAGUUUUCGACGAGGGAUAUUUGUAGAACAGAAUCUUUGGAAACUACAGUGCUACUAAAAAAGAAAACUUCAAGUAGUUUAUUAAGAUGCGGUACAGAAUGCACGUGAUUUUGCUGUCGCUAUGCCUCAUCAAGGUGGCGUGGCCGUUGCCCCAAGGUGCUCCCACCACGGCAUGCCAGAGUAUGGUACCCUUCCACGGAGGCAUACAGCCUCAAGCGGGCAUAUCACCCUACACCGUGGCACCGCGCCGAGAAGGUAACAAAGUGGUGGUCACUUUGACGUCGGGUUUGGGAGUGCCGUUCCAAGGAUUUUUAUUACAAGGAAGGACCCCAGAUGGUGCCAUCUUGGGGGAAUUUGACUCUUCCACAAUUAACGAAGGCCAUCCACUGGAUUGUGCAGAGCCAGCAGAUUCCAUUACUCACAAUUCUCCAAAUGAUAAGUCCAGUAUUAAUGUUGUUUGGACUCCACCUAGGGAAUACGAAGGACCAGUAAUUUUCAACGCUACCAUAGCACAAGCCUACGAUACUUUUUGGGUCGGAAUCGAGUCCAACCUUGUGCCUAUUACCAAAAGAGGUGCAAAUGAUCCUACCUUCAAUUUUCCUACCGAACCCAGUUCCAGAACACCUCCGAAUUUUGUGCCAUACCAACCGAAACAGAGUUCGACUGAAUUCGAUCCAUUUUAUGAUGGAUGUGCUGUGAACAAAUUGUGUUUUGGGGCUCCAGCUGAUUGCGUUAGUUCGAAGAGCUGUAAGGCAGUGGUUGGAGUGAUAGUUACUGGUGAUAGAUAUGACUUUGAAUUGAAGGCGGACAGUAAUGCAGCCUGGGUUGGAGUCGGUUUAUCUGACGACGACAAAAUGGGCGACGACUCAGUCAUCGAAUGUGUGAAGAGAGGAAAUGGUGUAGCCGCAUAUAUGUCUUACACUACCGCUCCAAAUUAUGGUGCGCCCAGAUUAGCUAAUCCACAACUUGGAAUUCAACUAUUAAACAGCAGUUUGGUAGAUGGUACGAUAUACUGUAAGGUGCGAAGAGAUGUUUCCACAAACGUUAAUGGAAGGUUUUAUGAUUUAGUUAGUGGAAAAUACAAUUUACUAAUUGCAGCUGGAAGUAGUGUAAAACCUAAUUCCGUCUCAUUCCACGACAUCGUUUAUCUAGCUAGUGCUGAGCCUCAAGCGUUAGCUGACGUUUCGGCGUUAGCUGCCAAAUCAAAAUUGUUGAUUCGUUUACACGGAUGUUUCAUGUUAGCAGCCUGGUUAGGAACAGCUUCAAUCGGAAUUUUGUUGGCCCGAUAUUAUAGACAGACCUGGGUUGGACACCAAAUGUUUGGAAAGGAUAUGUGGUUUGCAUGGCAUAGAACCUUUAUGGUACUCACUUGGGCGCUGACAAUAGUGGCUUUUGUCCUGAUAUUUGUCGAGCUCAAAGCAUGGUCGGGUGAAAAUAAACCUCAUGCCAUAUUAGGAACGGUUACCACAAUAUUGUGCUUUAUACAACCAAUUGGAGCCUACUUCAGGCCGCAUCCUGGUACACCAAAGAGAGCUAUCUUCAAUUGGUUACAUUGGGGUAUUGGCAAUGCAGCCCAUAUCGUUGCAAUUGUAACGCUCUUCUUUGCUGUCAAACUGACCAAAGCAGAACUGCCAGAAUUUGUAGACUGGAUAUUAGUAGCAUAUGUUGUAAUUCAUGUUAUUAGCCAUUUAGUAUUAUCGGUAAUGAACUGUGUUGCUGAGAGAUCUGGAGAAAAUCGAAUAACAUCAUUUCCAAUGAAAGAUUUAGGCGGAUCUGGUAGAACGUCAGCAUAUACUGACAGAAACCCAGAUGCUCCGUUUUCAACGUUCAGAAAAUUCAUCUUAGCGAUUUAUAUAGUGAUAGUUUUAAUAAUUGUGAUAGCUCUUAUAGUCAUAACAGCUUUGGCUCCAAUUGAGGAAGCGUGGUCCAACUUAAAAUCGUCCGUGACGAACAGAAACUAAUGAGGAAUUUAACAAAUUAAACUAUUUAAAAGUUCAACUAUUACCGUCUUAGCAGAAGGCCUAAUAUCUCUGACGUAAGAAUCUGACGUCAUCGAACGAAGGCGUUUAGUUUUGAAUGACAAUGUGCCUGAUUUCUAAGUGAUUUUUUGUCAUUAAAUAUAUUAUAUCUUAUUCAAGAGUAGAUGUGCAUGAAGUCUAGUUAGUGUUAGCGGGAUAUAAAGCAAUUAUAACUUAACAAAAAAACGAUUUGUGGCUAUUAAUCUAGAUGAUUUUGAUGGGACAAAUAUAGCUGGAUUUUUUAAGAAGUUAUUAUGUUAUCCUAAGUUAGAAAAUGUUGAUGAAUUUAAUACAUUUUUCUUAUUAAUAAAUACUAGGCAUGGUUGCUAUUUACUGGAUUCUUUAAAGUGGUAAUAAAAAUAAUUAUUUUUUAAUUUUUAUUAACUGUGAUGAGAAGUACUAAAAAUGUAUAAAAAUUAUCUCUAUUCUACUUACUAUGUACUAUAAUACAAUAUAAUCGAAAAAAAAACGGCGUCAGCGAUGGCUAUGAAAUGAAAAUUGCUGUCAUUUUAUAUGUAAAAUUAUAUGGAAAAUUUUAUCGAUCGUCAUUUCCAAGUCAACUGGAUGCCGUUAUUUUUAUCACGGUAUUAUCCUUAAUUCGCCUGAUUAUAAAACAUUAUAUCAGAGAUUAGGUAUCCUAUAAGUAUACAGAUAAAAAUCUUGUCCCUAUUUCUUGAUAAUUAACAAGUAAAUUUUCUUGUGCGCAAAAAUAAACUCCCGUUUAAACAGCGUAAUAACUGGGCCGGUCACAAGGCCGGGCAGGCGCUGUGCACAAUUUUAGAGGCCAUAAGUGGGCGUGCUUAUGCGCAAAUUAAUAACGUAACUAGUGCGCGACUCCGAAAAUUGGAACCACGAAAAACAAUGCUUUUGACGAUAAGUUUAUAAUCUGUAUAUUUAUAAUCUUGAAUAUUUCGUAUGUCUAUACUAAAUAUCUAUGGCGUAUAGAUAUAUUACGGGAACACGGUUUUAUUGUUUAUUUUUUUAAAUAUUCUGAUUCCGCUUAUUGAGAUUUCCGUCCAUCACCUUCUUUUGAUGACGUCACACAUAGUAAUACCACAGCGUAUUCCUAGAUAUUCACUUAUUUUAUGUUACGUACCAAGCGGGAUUCUGAGCUUUAUUGAAGCUCCGUUUAUAAAAAGUAAAGACACUGGUGCUCUGAUUGCCUGCAUGCGUACUAGAAGAGCGAGUGUAAAAAUUAGCUGUGUCUAAAGUCGUCUGGCUGUCUAAUGAAAACGCUGUGGUAAUACCCUAGGCCUUCUCUUUUUCUCGAUGUAACGGUUCAAUUAACUUUAUGUUUUUUAAAGUGAUACAAACUAAAACAUAUUAAUGUGCAAUACGCUUUGAGAUGAACAUUUUGAAAUUAUUUUUUAUACAGCAUGACUAAAGUUCAGUAAUAUAAAUAUUUUUCUAUAUUUUUAGAAUUCAUUAACGACUGAUAGUCUUAUAAUUCAUUUAUUUUUAAGCAAAUUAUCUUACUAAGAUUAUCAUUUAUUUUUGGAUUUUUAUUCUGUGUCUAACUAGAGUUAUACAAAUAAAACAGUACAUACCUGUUGUCCAUUAUAUAUUAUACGUAUAAUAUAAAAAUGUAAGAGUUUGAAUGUAAGUGCGGAACAAAACCAGUUGUUUUAAAUGUGAAGUAUGAAGUACGUGAAUAGUUUUAUAACUACUUUAUUAAUAACAUGUUUGUUACAAUAAUUGUUAGUUGCAUAGGUGAACUAAAAUUAGGUAUAAAAUAUGAGAUGUAGGUACUUGAAGGAUUGAUUUUUUACAGCCGACAGUAUUUGAUAUGAUUUUGAUACUUAAGUAUAUACAAAUAAUUUAUUAAUGUGUUUAUAUCGCAAAAACAGACCUGUAUUAAAUGUAGUAAAAUUUUAUGUAAAUAUAUAUUAUUUUAAUAUUA